UAAACCUGACGGUGCCUCCUGGAAGCAGUCAGACAAGCACACCGACCCGACGACACAGUUACUCACAGCGUGCAACAAACGAGCAGCAAAGCAAUGGCUGCGAUCGCCGAGAAAGCCAUGAGUGUCUACCAGGCCGUCCUGACGUCUACGGACCCUCGAGUGAAGUCAUGGCCUCUGAUGGGCAGCCCCAUGACCAUCCUGUCCAUCAUCGCCGGUUACGUCUACUUCGUCAAGGUGUGGGGACCCAAUUGGAUGAAAGGCCGUGAACCCUUCCAGCUCAAGUCGGUUCUGGUCGCCUACAAUGUGAUCAUGGUGCUGUUGAGCACAUACUUCUUCGCUUAUGGAGGUUCUUACACGUAUCUCGGUCAGUACAACUGGUUCUGUCAGCCGGUCAACUAUGGCACAGACGACACCGCGAUGGCUGUCACCCGAUUGGGAUGGUGGUACCUCCUGCUCAAGUUGGGCGAGUUUCUCGACACGGUCUUCUUUGUGCUCACCAAGAAGUUCUCACACAUUUCGCUGCUGCACGUGAUCCAUCACUCGACCGUCGCCUGGACUGUGUGGAUGGGUGUGAACUUCGGAGCCGGCGGCCAGAACGCCUUCUUCCCAUUCAUCAACUGCUUCGUCCACAUGGUGAUGUACACUUACUACUGCCUCGCCGCUCUCGGUCCGGAGGUCCGCAAGCACCUCUGGUGGAAGCGUUACCUCACCCAGUUCCAGAUGGUUCAGUUCGUCAUCGGCUUCUUGCACGCGGCAGUGCCUGUUGUGUACGACUGUGGCUUCCCGCCCUACUUUGCGUACAUCCUCAUGGGAGAAGCUGUGCUCCUUUUCUUCAUGUUCAGGAACUUCUACAAGAAGGCUUACAAGGGUGCCUCCUCUGCUUCUCGGUCAGCGCCGUCGCUCGCCGCCAAGACGGAUUGACGACUCCAUACUCACUAGAAUCGCUCACUGCUGGAGUUCGGAACUGUUUGCGUGAUUUUCUUAACUGUGAUGAAAUCCGACCACCCAACUCCGGAUUACAUGGACAAUUCCUCAUAACCUUGACACUCGGGUGAACGGUCAGCGUUGAUCGAAAGCAUUUCUUAGCAUUCUUACGUGACUUUUAGGGUGUGCAUAUUUUAUCGCGUACGACUUCAUCAUCCACCAGUCAAGUCUCAGUUUGAUCGCUCUUUCAACGGGAAAGAAAGUCCAACUUAGCUCAGCGAUUACGAUAGUUUAUUAUGCUGGGGAUUUCCCAGAUUUCUGUCGCAUUCCAGACCUUCGCAGUCUCAACCUUGUAUACAUACUUUAUUUAUAGGCUAUAGGAGCAUCUUCAGACUGAGACUUUCUUCGGACUGGUUGGUUUCAUCAGUGACGCUAGGUCUCGGGCGCUUAUGCAGACGGCGUUAGACCUGAACCACAAGAAUAGCUUUUCCUGCAUAAACUCCCGAGGCUCCGUUUCGCGGUCCUUUCAUCCACUGUACCAUUUUAGCAUGCGUACACUAACUGCAACUGCCGCCCCCCUCCGUGAGGCUCCCAAGCAUCUUGACCUUCGUGAGAUGCUCGUCCUUGGGCAGUCCACUGCGCUUCGUGAACCUCUGUGCAUCCCAGGGGCUUUCACGGUCGUUGACGCGAAAAUGUUUCUUUCAAGACUGAAUGAAGGCAUUCUUUGUCUUGAAAUGCCUUUUAAACUUCAAGGGCAGUGUGACGCUUGUCUGUAAGUUAUUUCGAGUACACCACAAAGAAUGUAUAUAUGUAAAUAAAAAUCAUCAUUGUCGUUUCAGUAAUACC